CGAGAUUAGAUGUGCGAUGUUGGAGUGAGUAAUAAGCUGGGACUCAAUGGUGCUGCGGGAGGGUUAAUCAGCGGUCCUGGAGUGGGGUUUUUUUUUUUUUUUGUUUUGUUUUGUUUUUUUUAAUAAAGAAAGAUAAGGACUGUCUCGUGAAAAACGGGACUAUUGCCCGGUAUGCACGAUCAGGUUCUAAUUGGCAGGGCUCCAUCCAUACCAAGAUAUGGGAUUUCAAGCCCUUUUAAGGGCCAUUUAAGCACAAAAAGCAAUGCAUUUAGCACGGGAUCAAGCAGUUGGCUCAGUGAACAGUACAGAAUACGAGACCACAUGGUGGUUCACUACAAUAAAAUCCUUGCAGCAAAAGCUGCCAUUGACUGUUCAGUACCAAAGAGCAUGCAAAAAAGUAUCAAAUACAGCGACCAGCAGAGAAGAGAGAAAAUGAAAAAGGAGGUGGCACGAUUUGAGAAAAAUAUUUCCCGCCCUACUUCAUGUCAGAGUGCAGAUUCAAUAUUGUUGUCUAAGAAGGACAUUUAUGAUGACAUCAGUGUUAGAAAUUCUGCUUACUCAGAUCGAGGGCAGGUUUUUUACUCUAGCCCUACUGUGUCUUCUCCAAGACAGUUUGGUUUUUUAGGAACCAGUGAAGACACAGGAAGGAGUCUGAGCAGGAAAUUUCCAGGUUCUAGAGUUGUAUCUAGAGUCCAGAGUAGAGGCUCAAACUCUUCCUCAGUUAUCAGUGUCCCCAGAAGCUACAGCAGGUUUCAGGACAACCAACAGAAAACCUACAGUGGAGAUCUCCUAGAUAAGCAUUCUGAGCAGUUUACAGGCAAUAUUCGCCCAUUUACUCCACGGACUUUGAAGACAGAGGCUAAAUCUGCACUUGCAUCAUACCGAUAUUACACCCCACCAAGAAGAAGAAAGAGAGAAACAGUCAAAGAGGUGCAGAGAAAUCUAAACAGAAGCCCAGUGGAUGAAGAUGUUACAUGGAAGAAGAAAAAUAAGGAACUAACAGAAGAUGCUUUACUUAAUGCAGAUAAAAAAGAACAAUUAAUAAAUGAAGAAAAUGACCAGAAAAGGCCAUGGUCUCAGACAGACUGGGAGGAGUUACCAAAUACCCAUCGCUCUUCAUGCAGGUUACCAUAUAAUGAAGUAGAAUCUUGUUCUCCUGUUAUGCAGAAAAUCCAGUCUGAAGAGGAAGAACUUCUGUACCUGAAAUUUGUCACAGACAUCACUAAUGAAAUCUUGAAUCUGGGACUAUUUUCCAACAGGGUCCUAGAACGUGUAUUUAAACGCCAUCUUGAAGAAAAUAGACAUUGUUUGGAUGAGGGGAAAAUGUGCUACCUCCUGGACAACCUGAGGAAAGAUUUGGGCUGCAGUGAGACAAACCACUCCAGUGAGUUUAGGACGUUAGUAGAUGAACCCUCAAGAACAGUAAAUCGCUCUAGGGACAUUGAUCACUUUCUACAAGAUAUGGCAUGCAAUGAAGGCUCCCAAGAACACAGUGAUGUUUCUUUGUAUGAAAGAGAUGCUGAAACCUUCAGGAGGGAAUGUAAAGCAGAUACUCCAUUACAUUAUGAUGGGCUUCUCACAUCAGAUAACACUACUGACCUUGGCAGUUUUCCUGCAGUCGAUUCUGAGAGUGAACAGCAUGCUUCACUGCUUGAAACCCUCAGUACAUCAGCUGAUCUGAACAAAGGUGACAGUGACCCUGAAGAAGGGGAUCAAUCACUGGCAAUUGAUGACCUGCAACAAAGAUUUUCUGAAAUGUUUAACAUAAAGGAAGGAGAGAGUUCAAUACCUGAUUAGGCAGCUAAUACCCUGGCUUCUGGGCUGGGGACACUGGAGCAAAAUGACUGUAGAUCAUUUGUGAACCUUUAUUCAUGAAGGUUAUUGAAGUCUUAGAUCUAAUAUACGGGUAUUGUACUACAGCUUCAUAUAAAGUGGCAUUUCAGCAAAAACAAAAGUUUACAGUUUCAAUUUCAGUUGUGUUAUUAUGAUAGUUUUAAUAUGUAUCCCUUUAUUUAUCUUUCUAGUCCUGCAAAUAUCACUGCCAGAAUCUCCUAGAAUGGCACACAGUAAUUUGCAGCAAUAUUGAAUGGGCUUGGAAAAAUGCUUUCAGUGACUUUCUAACCAAAAAGUAACCUGCAUAACUGUAGAUGUUUUAUUAUAUCUUCAUUUUGUGUUUAUUGAAUCCUCUUUAGCUUGAAACAGACUUUCCUGGACAAAAUGGUGCUGGUCAUCCUGCCAACGUGUGCCACACUCCUCAUAUACAACAAAGUUUAAGUAGAUGGAGGGCUACCCACAACAACUCCUCUUUUACCUUAAUCUUUACACAUGUUUCAGGCCUCCUGGAGCCUCUCAAGCAGCCUCUUAAGCAGCACUUCACCCUGGAGAUCCAAAACACUGUAUGCAACUUAAAGUAAAAUAUUUGUGAGAACAAAUGUAUGCUGCCCUCCAUCUGCUUAAAUUGUGCUGUAAAAGCUGCAUUUAAGUUUGACAGAGCACAGCACUUGAAUAUUGCAGGUGGACCCCACAUCAUUUCUGGACUGCCCACUUUACAUUUACCUAUAUAUCCUUUAAAACCCUUGCUGUGCAUCAUGCGUUACUCAGGUGUUGGAAACUGAGUGAGAUUUGGCAUAGGGUCCUACCGCACUUAGUGAACUCAGGAGACUGCUACACCCACGGGGCCCCAACUUCACUGUGAUCAUUACCCUCCAAUAGGUCUUUGGGUGAUGGCUCUUGGGAAACAGUUCAGACAUUUAGCUGUUAAAAGUUUUACGACUGUAAUGAGGUAAAUAAAUGUGUUUACUAUUCCUGGAGAAAAAAAACAAACAUUUAGGGACAGAUUUACUAAAACUUUAAUUUAUCUUAUUUAUUUUUUUUAACCACAAACUCAUUUCCAUGGAUAAGACUUUUUCGACUUGUCACAUGAUACAUUUUUUUGAAUUGUCACACAAAACCAGCGUCAAAAACUCAAUCCAAAACACUCAAAGUUUGAAACAAAGAAAAAUUUCUAGGGAAGGGACAUCUGCCAUUGACUUGACUACAUGACCUUGACAGGUUUUAAAUGGAGAGUUUUCAGAUUCGGAAUUGUCACAGAAAAACACACAUCUUAAAUCUUGAAAAAAGUUAGAAACCCCAAACCCCUCCCUAGAGUAUUUAAAUGGCUUUUUGUUCUUGAAAACAGAUUGUCAAUUUUUGCCCUAUUAUGUUUACAAAUUAAAGGUUAGACAACAAAUUAGA